GCGCUCUGCAUAUGCGGAAGUGCGAGACUUGCUGUACUGUGUGUAUUUUGCUAUGUUUUCAUGUGUUUGAGGACAGACUGAUCGUUUGUAAUGUCUGUGCCCUGUCUGCAUAAAGUGAGUCGUCUAUAUGAACGGUAUGAGGAGUAUGUGAAGACGAACCCAGCGGCCACGGCUCAUCUGGAGAGCGCAGUGCGCACUCUCAGUUACCUGAUCGCAGGUCGCUUCUCUGACUCUCAUGAACUCUCCGAGUUGGUCUACUCUGCAUCCAACCUGCUAGUGCUUCUGAAUGAUGGCAUCUUGAGGAAGAAUCUGUCUCGGACGUUGCCUGUGUCUCUUUCCCAACACAAGCUGCUAUCCUGGUUGUCGGUUCUGGAGUAUGUGGAGGUGUUCACAGAGAUGGCGGCCCGAAAACUGUGGGGGGAAGCUGGACGCUGGCUUGUCAUUGUUCUGAUUCAGAUUGGCAAAGCGAUACUGCGCUGUCUCCUGCUUUUCUGGUACAAAUCAGGCAUCCAGACAUCACCACCUAUAACUCCUCUGGACAGGGAUUCACAGCUCUGCAGUGGAGAGAGGAAUACUGAAGAGGAGGAAGACACAACUUUUGUCGGCCAGCGUUCAGGGAGAGCGAUACGACCACUGGGAAACACACCCUCAUUACAGUCUCGUCUUUGGGGUCUCCCUCAGAAAACUACAGUAGGCAGGAAUCAGGAGGAGGUGCUCCACCCAAGCCCCAGCCCUCUGGGUCUUCAGGAAACUAUUGCAGAGUCACUGUACAUCGCACGACCGCUAGUUCAUUUGGCCAGUCUUGGGGUUUGUGGAAAGCAUUCCUGGAAACCGUGGAUCAUCUCUGGUCUCUUGGAGAUAACCAGUUUCAGUUUGCUGAGUGACAUGAAGACGAUGAACCGCAAAGAGCGAGCUGAGAGAAGGAGACGGGCUUUCCUUCUCCUGUAUUACCUGCUCCGCUCCCCCUUCUAUGACCGAUACUCUGAGACAAAGAUCCUAUACCUCCUACGCUUCCUGGCUGAUUAUGUUCCUGGAGUGGGUUUGGUUACACGUCCACUUAUGGACUACUUGCCCAUUUGGCAGAAGAUCUACUUUUAUAACUGGGGCUGAUGUCAGAGUAAAUCAUUCACAGGUCAUCACAGCCAAACUGUUAGUGAGAUGAGCAGAAGCCAUUUGCCGGAUGCUUCCGCAACAAUUGAGGACUGAAAUCACACCUGUGCCAGGAUAUAACGAUAUUAAUUAAGAAGUUUUGCAGCAAAGAUGCUAAACGUCAUUUUUCGUCAAGCGAAUGUGGAUAAUGAAUUUCUAAUCUGUGCAUUUUUAUCUGUCUUAGUUCACACAUUUGUACACGCCUGAGCUUUUGUGUGCCAUUUUUGCGCUGAUUAAAUCAGUUCACAAAUGACUUUUGAGUCACAGUGCGAACUCUCUCCCAUUACAUAUCCCUCUGUCAACACAAAUGUUUUCUUUCUCAUUUAGCCUGGGAAUAGGUUUACUGAACAGAAUAAUUGGCUGGCUGAGAUGAAGUCACACAGACAGCUGUUUGAGUUUGUUUUGUUUCUGUUCAGUUUGUCAACUAAGUACCAUGCAGCAGUUUAUUAUUUUUUAUAAACAAUUAGUUCACCCACAAAUUGUGGCCUAGUGGUUAGAGAGUCGGUCUUGUGACCUGAAGGUCGCCGGUUCGAUUAUCAGCUCUCCGGACGCUGUUGUUAUAGCUGCCCACUUCUCUGGGUGUAUGUGUGUUCAUGACUUGCUGUCAUCAUUUACUCACCCUUGAGUUGUUUCUUAAUCUGUAUACAUUUCUUUGUUCUGAUGAACAAUGCAGAAUGCUUGUAACCAAACAGAUCUUGGUCACCACUUACUACCAUUGUAGGAAAAAUUACACUGGCAGUCAAAAGUGCCCAGAGCGUUUUGCUGUCAUACAUUCUUCAAAAUAUCUUCUAUUAUGUUCAACAGAAUUAAGAAAUGCAUACAGAUUUUGAGCAGCUUGAGGGUUUAUGAAGACCGAAUUUUCAUUUUUAGGUGAACUGUCUCUUUAAGAGUAUAAGGCCCUAUGAAACCUGUUGUAGAUCUAAAAUGCAUAUCAGAGUUUCUUAUUUCAAAACAAAAGCAUGUUUAAGGAAACCCUAAAUGGCGCCCUCAAAUAUAUUUUAACAGGAUAGCUACAUUUUAUCAUUACAUUGCAUUAUCCCUGGGUAACGAUUCCACUUGUUUAACAGGCCUCGAAUGAGACUUCUAAGCCUAAACCAGCAUUGGAAGCAUUGAAUAAUAAGAAAUUGUUUUUAUUCACUAUGUGAAAUGAACUCAUCUUUUCGAAAAUCCAUCAAUGUUUUGAUUCAGAGACCUGGAGCAACAGAAAAGCAUGACUGUUUUAAAAUGCUGAAAGUGUGAAAUGGAUAAUUGGUUUGGUAUACACCUCUAUGCCUUUAAUAAAUCUUUAAAUAAUA